GUCAGCAUUAAUUCCUUACACUAAAACCAUUUUUAACAUGACUCCAUUGCUCUCCCUCUGAUCAACCCUCCUCCUCCGCCGCUGCUACAAACACUUUAAUAUAUAUUGCCACCGUCCUACCAUAUAUAUAUAGUCCACUUAAGAUCUUUCCACUCAUUUAUAACCCAAAUUUGUUCUGUUUCAUAAAUAUGUGUCUUCCAUUUCGACCCGUCUCGAAAACAUAUUAUUCGUCUUCUUCUUCGACUAUCGUGACGCGUAUGGUAAACUGCAUACUACUUUUUGUAUUCAUUUUGUUGGUCUACCUCCUCAUCUCGGCCUCAAGACUUCAAUCUAAAAACUCUAUUCAUGCAUACUUCUCAUCUUCUGAUCAAGAUCAAUCUCAGAGCCCGACAAAAAUCGAGCACAUCGUCUUUGGGAUAGGCUCAAGCGCGAUCUCGUGGCGUGCACGUAGAGAAUACGUUAAGCUUUGGUGGGAUGCUCAGAAAAUGAGAGGCUGCGUCUUUGUUGAGCGUCCCUUGCCGUCUUCUCAAAACCACACAGAUUCAUAUCUCCUUCCUCCGGUUUGUGUUUCCCAAGAUACUUCCCGGUUCAGGUACACUUGGAGAGGCGGUGACAGAAACGCGAUCCGAAUCGCGCGGUGCGUUCUAGAAACUGUCAGGCUAUUCAACACCUCCUCAGAAGAAGUAAGAUGGUACGUAUUUGGAGACGACGACACGAUUUUCAUUCCUGAAAACCUCGCUCGAACUCUCUCCAAAUACGACCACACAUCAUGGUAUUACAUAGGAUCAACCUCGGAGAUUUAUCACCAGAACUCUAUGUUCGGACACGACAUGGCGUUCGGGGGUGGUGGGUACGCUUUAAGCAGCUCAUUGGCUAAUGUUUUAGCUAGAAAUUUCGAUUCUUGUAUCGAACGAUAUCCACAUUUGUACGGAGGAGACUCUAGGGUUUAUGCUUGUGUGCUUGAGCUUGGGGUUGGAUUGUCUAAAGAGCCUGGCUUCCAUCAGUUUGAUGUGAGAGGAAAUGCAUUGGGAAUAUUGACAUCACAUUCAACGAGACCGUUGGUGUCACUACACCACAUGGCUCACAUUGACCCAAUCUUUCCAAACUCAACCACUUUCUCCGCGGUCCGCCACCUUUUCUCCGCCGUACAACUCGACCCUCUCCGUAUUUUUCAACUAUCCGUUUGCUACGACCGUUGGUACUCUUGGACCAUCUCCGUCUCUUGGGGAUAUACUGUUCAGAUUGAUGGCAGGCAUUUGUUUCUACGGGAUGUUUUGCGGGCACAAGAGACGUUCCGACCAUGGCAAAAAUCAGGCGGAUUAGCAAGUGUUUACACAUUCAACACAAGAGAGAUUCAUCGUGAUCCUUGCCAACGACCUGUCACUUUCUACAUGCAACAUGUUUCUUCUAGUAGCCAUGAUGGAACCAUUAAAAGUGUUUAUAAGCAAGCUUACGAGAAUUGCACCUACGAUCCUGUUACAUCGCCUCGCAAAAUUCAUGAGAUUAGAGUGUUUUCAAGAAGACUCGAUCCCAAUAUCAGACAAGUACUUCAUUCUAUCUUUUCUAUUUUUUUAUUUUUUUUUAAAUAACAAAAUAUAGGAUAGAUUAGUAGAAUUUUUUGGCCAUAGUGAAAAUCUUUUUUUUUUUUUUGACAGCAAAGUCCAUUAGAGAAAAUCAUUUUCUAGAUUAGUAUAUAUUUGUUAAAAUAUCAAUUACUAUGGUUUCUUUACGUAUAGAUACUUCCUUUCGAUUUUCGUAUAGACCAACAAAAUUAGGAAUAUUGGGGUUAGUAGUGGUCAAAGUUGCUAUAUUGAGUGAACUUUUUAAAGUAGCACCCUAAAAAUAUAGUAUUUCGUAAGAAAAUUUGCUUCUUACUUAUUAGAUUUAAGUUUGUUUUAUCAUAACAAAAUAAAUGUUUUGAAUGCGGUAGUUGAAGGCUCCCAGAAGGCAGUGUUGUGAUAUAUUACCAACUUCUUCAACUGGUGGCAACAUAAUGGAAAUUGGACUGCGAGAGUGCAAAGAGGAUGAGCUCAUCUAUAUUCAUCCCUAAUUUCACCGUAACUAAUUAUAUUAUACCUUUACAAUAUUGCCAUCCAUUAAUUUUGAACCUAAAAAUAGUUUUUUUUUCUUUCCUUUUUGUAAAUUUAACAUUAAGUUGUUAAUUGGCUGGUUGCCUUUCAACAUUUGGAGCAUUUGAGAUUACUUUGUGACAAAAAACUGAACAUGACAUGAAUAUAAUCUAGGGUGGACCUUCACUGAAAUUGAUGAAAAUGACAUUAUACUUAAAAUUAGGCUACCU